CUCCCGCGAGACCUCUUCCCACACUCCUCACUAGUACUAUUCAGUACAGAAAGAAGGUGUGACUGUUCUAGAGAGAGAAAGAUUCACAGUUAUAGAGAGAGAAAGCCAAUCCUUCACCAUUAAUACCUCUCAACAAGAAAGCGUGACUUUCUCACCUUCACUCUUCUACCUCAGAAUCUGUGAAGAUCGGUAUCGCUUCAAAUUCACCAAAUCAACUCUCUUUGUUAAUUCUUAAUUCUCUAUACACAACUGUAGUGAGAGAAACACAGAGUGAUUGUGUGAUGGAGCUUAGUAAGGUCACGUUGGAGAUAUUCUCAAAACUUGAGAAGGAGUGGCUUUACCACUGCGAAGGCAGGCAAACGCGAAUUCUCAGCAUCGAUGGCGGCGGAACAACCGGCAUUGUCGCCGGAGCAGCCUUGAUCCACCUCGAAGACCAGAUCCGAGCUAAAACCGGCGAUUCUCAAUCUCGCGUCGUCGAUUUCUUUGAUAUUGUAACAGGAACCGGAAUCGGCGCUAUCUUUGCCGCAAUGCUGACCGCCGACGACGGACACGGCCGUCCUCUCUUCACCGCCAAGGAAGCAGUCGGAUUUGUCGCCGAAAAGCAGUCGGAGCUGUUCAAAAUCAAGCAAGUUGGAGUACUUCGCCGACGAAGGAUGUUUUCCGGCAAAAGCAUCGAUAAGGUGCUGAAGGAGGCGUUGACGAGAGAAGACGGCCAGGUGUUGACGUUGAAGGACACGUGUAAGCCUCUCUUGAUCCCUUGCUUCGAUCUCAACAGCUCCGCGCCGUUCGUUUUCUCCCGAGCCGACGCGUCCGAGUCGCCUAGUUUCGACUUCGAGCUCUGGAAGGUGUGCCGUGCCACGUCAGCGACUCCGUCCUUGUUCAAGCCGUUUAGCCUGACCUCCGUCGACGGAAAGACCUCUUGCUUGGCCGUAGACGGCGGUCUCGUCAUGAACAACCCCACCGCCGCAGCCGUCACUCACGUGUUGCACAACAAACGUGAUUUCCCCUCCGUUAACGGAGUCGAGGACCUGUUAGUCCUUUCAUUAGGUAACGGCCCGUUAGCGAGUCCGUCUCAGCCGAGUGCCCGUCGUAACGGCGAGUGUUCCACGUCGUCCAUCGUUGGGAUUGCUCUUGACGGCGUCUCCGAGACCAUAGACCAAAUGUUAGGCAACGCCUUCUGUUGGAAUCGUAGUGAUUACGUUAGAAUUCAGGCUAACGGUUGCGUAACGGGGAGUACGGAGGAGAUUCUGAAAGAGAGAGGUGUGGAGUCACUGCCGUUUGGGGGGAAACGGUUACUGACGGAGACGAAUGGGCAGAGAGUUGAGAGCUUCGUGAAAAGGCUCGCUGCUUACGGAAAGAGUAGUCUACCAGAAAGUCCGCGCAAGGAAAACGCCGUUAGUCUUCUUGAUAAUGGCCGUUAGGUUUAGGCUUUAGGUUUGGUUCACCAUUUGUUUAGUUACUACUAGUACAACCCAGUUGAUGUUAACUGUCUCUGUUUUUUUAUUUUUCUUUUUCUUUUUUCAUUUUAUUUUAGUAAGUAUCACAAUUUCUAUAGUUAAUAUCCAAUAAUAGUGAUCUGUUCAGUACUAA